CACGUCACUUCCUGUUUCUUUAGGGGAACGUGGCUUUCCCCGCUGCUGCUGUCUUCCCUUCUGCGAUUCUGUUGCAGUGGCCGGAACUGGAGUUGGGACUCUGAUCGCAGCGUGGUGAUGGACUCGGCCCUCAGCGACCCGCAUAACGGCAGCGCCGAGGCUGCCAGCCCAGCCAACAACACGACGCGGCCGCCUUCCACGCCGGAGGGAAUCGCGCUGGCCUAUGGCAGCCUCCUGCUCAUGGCGCUGCUGCCCAUCUUCUUCGGCGCCCUGCGCUCGGUGCGCUGCGCCCGCGGCAAGAACGCCUCGGACGUGCCUGAGACGAUCACCAGCCGUGACGCCGCCCGCUUCCCCAUCAUCGCCAGCUGCACACUCCUGGGGCUCUACCUCUUCUUCAAAAUAUUCUCCCAGGAGUACAUCAACCUCUUGCUGUCCAUGUAUUUCUUCGUGCUGGGGAUCCUGGCCCUGUCCCACACCAUCAGCCCCUUCAUGAAUAAGCUUUUUCCAGCCAGCUUCCCAAGUCGGCAGUACCAGCUGCUCUUCACGCAGGGCACCGGGGAGAACAAGGAAGACAUCAUCAAUUAUGAGUUUGACACCAAGGACCUGGUGUGCCUGGGCCUGAGCAGCAUCGUUGGCGUCUGGUACCUGUUGAGGAAGCACUGGAUCGCCAACAACCUCUUCGGCCUGGCCUUCUCCCUUAACGGGGUGGAGCUCCUGCACCUGAACAACGUCAGCACCGGCUGCAUCCUGCUGGGCGGCCUCUUCAUCUACGAUGUCUUCUGGGUGUUUGGCACCAAUGUGAUGGUGACAGUGGCCAGGUCCUUUGAGGCACCAAUAAAAUUGGUGUUUCCCCAGGAUCUGCUGGAGAAGGGCCUCGACGCGGACAACUUCGCCAUGCUGGGGCUCGGCGAUAUCGUCAUUCCAGGAAUCUUCAUUGCCUUGCUCCUGCGUUUUGACAUCAGCUUGAAGAAGAACACCCACACCUACUUCUACACCAGCUUCGCGGCCUACAUCUUCGGCCUGGGCCUUACCAUCUUCAUCAUGCACAUCUUUAAGCACGCCCAGCCUGCCCUCCUGUACCUGGUCCCCGCCUGCAUCGGCUUUCCUGUCCUGGUGGCGCUGGUCAAGGGAGAGGUGACAGAGAUGUUCAGCUACGAGUCCUCCGCGGAAAUCCUGCCUCAUACCCCGAGGCUCACCCACUUCCCCACAGUCUCGGGCUCCCCCGCCAGCCUGGCCGACUCCAUGCAGCAGAAGCUAGCCGGCCCUCGCCGCCGGCGCCCGCAGAACCCCAGCGCCAUUUAUGAGGAGUCAAAUACUAAGGAUUCAGCAGCCGCGACAGAAUCCAAAGAAGGAACAGAGGCCUCACCAUCAAAGGGGCAGGAGAAGAAGGAUAAAUGAUAUGGCCACUGCCUGACCCGCGGAGGGCCGCACGAGGCGGGCAGGGACAGACCAGCACAGGCUCGCGCAGGCAGAGGGCGCCAGAGGCCUGGCAACUCGAGGGAGGGCCGGGGACCCUGCUGCCGGGCCCUGUGGCCUUUCUCUGGCCUUCCUCUGCCCCUCCCCACCACCUGAAGGCAAAGGAAGCCCCCCACUUCCCCCACUGCCGCAGGUUCCAGGUGGGAACAGUGGGUCUGAUUUUUAGAUUUUUGUAUUGUGGACUGACUUUGCCUCAUAUUAAAAACUCAUCCCGUGCCCAGGCAAA